AUGUCUUUCAUGGUCCAUCGAGACAUUGUCACUGCCCAGUCUGGGUGGUUCCGGGACAACCUCCCCCCUGCCAACGAGGACGGCUCUAUGGUUGACAUCACUCUGACAUGCGCCCCUGAAACUGCCGCCUACUGCUUGAGAUUCAUGUACACGCAGCGAAUUGAAAUAUGUGACGAGUCGGAGCCAUCAGACCCGGCCCACCUUUCAAGAUGUGCCCUCGUCUACUGUGCUGCAGUAUAUCUGCGAGUGAAAGGCAUGGUCGCCCACAUUCUCCGAGUCAUCGAAAACACGGCCAACGACCUUGCUAGAAUGAUUACAUCACGGGUCCUGGAUCACGAGGGCCAGAAUAUUUGGUGGUUUGAUUUCGGCCCCAAUCAUCUCUACGGUGCUCUGGAUAUUAUGUAUGGCCAGAGUUCGCAGGAGCUUAUGAAGCCCUUCAGGCUGGCCAUGGGCGGCAUAUUCGACGCGACUCUCUUCUGGCUUCUCGCGCGACCUCACUUUGUCCACCAACUGGCUUCACAGGAAUGGAUGGUUUGGAUGCCCAAAAUAUUGGCCGACCAGAUCGAAUAUCGACAGUUACGGGAGCGGUCAUACUCCUGGACGGGAAGUGUUAUCCCCGAUGAUGCUGCACUCGAGACGCUUUUGGCAAACGACACCCUUUCAAGAAUCGUCGCAUAG